UCGCCGGAGACGCACGAAUGCGCACGAUCUAUACAUUUUAAAAUAAUCGUUUUAUUUUUUAACCGAUUUUGGAAAAUGUCACUUAUAGUGUAGCAUUGGUUGAAAAAGUGACUGUGUUUGUGACAGUGAGGUGUGAUGGUGUGAAUGGUCGAAAAGUGGUACUUUAUAGUGGCCGGAUACCAAGUUUUAAUGCUGGGGGACUUAUGACAAACCCUGCAGGAGGGAGAGAGACAGCGAUAGCAGACGAGGUGCGCAAGCGCAGCGUCCGAAGCGCCUCGCCGCGACAGUCGACGGAAACCCCCGAGCGAGACAGUCACGUCGUAUCAAACUAAAUAUUAUUUAUUUUUAUAAUAUUUCCUCAUAGCAAGUGCCAAUAGUGAAGUGUGUGUUAACUGUGUACUUUGUGUGUUGGAUGUGUUGUGUACUUGUGUACUGAGAGUGCAGUGGUGUGUUGUGUGUACCAUCUGUCGUGUCGCUUCACGGUGAUGAUUAUUGGAUUUGCUCGAGUGAUGGUGUGAGACCGCAUGGGUCUGGCCGCUGCGCUGCUGGAGGCGGCGGCGCGCGGCGAUGCGGCGCGGCUGGCGAGCGUGCUGGCUGCCGACGCGAGGCACAUCGGCGUCACUGACGAGAAUGGAUGCACGGCGUUACAGCGAGCGGCGGCGGACGGCCACAUCGAAGUGGUGCAACUGUUGCUGCAACACGGCGCCGAUCCCAACAAACAGGAUAAUGUGCACGGCAACACAGCGGCACACGAGGCGGCAUGGAAGGGCUACUCGCGCUGCGUGUGCGAGCUGGCGGCGGCGGGCGCCGACCUGCGCGCGCGCAACGCCGCCGGCUUCGCGCCGCUGCACCUCGCCUGCCAGAACGGACACAACCAGUCCUGCCGUGAGAUCCUGCUCGCUGGAGCGCCACCAGAUUUGCAGAAUAAUUAUGGCGACACAUCGCUCCACACGGCGGCUCGGUACGGGCACGCCGGCGUCACUCGCAUCCUCAUCUCCGCGCAGUGUCGCGUCUCCGAGCAGAACAAAAACGGAGACACGGCUCUACACAUCGCCGCAGCCAUGGGCCGGAGGAAACUAACCAGGAUACUCCUCGAAGCUGGCUGUGACAAGUCCAUACGCAACCAUCAGGGAGAGACCGCCAGAGACAUCGCCACGAGGAAGGGACUAGAAGAAAUCAUCAAUAUCCUUAACACUCCUGUAGCCAAACAAACUAAGAAGAAGCACAGAGAUAAGAGCAAAGAUAGAACGCUGGAUGAACCAGAUGCUGGUAAAAAGAAAGAAAAGGAAAAAGACAAAGGCAAGGAACCUAAGAGGAAGAAGAACGUGCACUUCGAAACAACACCUCCAGUGCAAUGGUCUCCAUACGGUUGUCACUACUACCCCGAUCCAAAAUUCUUCCCAAAACCCAAACUAAGCUCGCUACCCACCGAACCACUAAGAAAAGGCGAGCAGUACUACUUAGAUUUGGCUGGGAAUAUCAAAAAGGGGCCAAUAGGAGCAGGCUACACUUGCUACUGCGCACCGUUCUUCAAACAUAUGGAAGAUAAGUUGAAUGAGGACAAGAAGGAUUUAAAGAAGCAUAUAGAUAGAGCUCACGAGAGGCUAGAUCAAAAAGUAACAGAUUUGGAAAUGAAGACACAGGGUCAAAUUUCAGAGCUAACGAGGUUCGUAGCAGCUGAAAGAGCCAUGUGCAAGGAAAGGCACAAACACUUAGAGCACUGGUUGACGAGGGGAAUGAUGUUUAGGGCGUCCGAAAGGGUGAAGAAAUUAGACUUCAGUCCUAAAGGUUCUUUAGACAUACCACCCCUCAAACGUACCAGAAGCUUAGAGCUACUGGAUGCUGAUACUGAAGAGUGGAACAAAGUGCACAGAAUAAUAAAAAGUUUCAAUAGAAACGCUGAACACUACGAAACCAAUGCCAAAGAUCUAAAUGAUAGCAAGGCCACGUCUAAGAGUACUGAAGUCUUGGACAGUAGACAAUCGCCUAGUCCUAGACGACGGUAUGUGAUGAAGAACUCUAAGAGUAGCGAUCAGUUAGACGCUGGACCCAGCAGGCUCUCAAUACCUCCUUUUUCUAAGACGAAUCAAGAAGCACAACAGCAAAACAUCACAGCAGAAAUUCACGUGAAAGCAAACAAAAUGUCUAUAUCUCAAUCACCAAUGUCUAUGGAAGUAGAAAGUUAUCACAAUCAAAGGUAUCGCUCUCCUAGUCGACACUCUGAAGCUAAGUCACCGAGCAGUAGUAACAAACAGCCCAGUGACAUGGACGAAGAAGUUAGAAGCCCUAAAGAACCAAAUGUGCCUCUAUGGAAAAGUCAAGUGCUCCAAAGGACAGCUGAUGACAUAAGAAAACGGGUAGCUUUCGAGAAAGAAAUGGCCGAUGUCAUAUCUAGAACCAACAAAUCAUUAGAUAUAUCACAAGACGGCUAUGUAAAAUUAAGGAAACAAAGUAGCUAUCAAAACUCCAAUGAGUUAGAUACAGAAAAAAGGAAGUCUGUACAAGAGUUAGUAGCACAAGUUGAACAGAAAAGAUGCGCAUCGCCAGAGCCUGUAGUCAGAAAAGUCCAACCCACCGAAAACAUUCAAACUGUACCGUCAACCAGCCAGCAGCACCCAGGCAUACUGAAAAUGCCACAACAGCCCCAAAGACCUGCUCCCGUGCUGAAAGAAAAGCCUCCAAAGAGUAAACGGUUCAGCUUACACAACCUUAUUCCCUUCCCAACUAGAAAAACCUUUCAGAACCCACCGAAAGAAAAUGGCAACAAUUCCGAAAGUAGCGAUGAAGAAGACAAUCCAAUCAGGAGUUCCAUGCAGCCAGGACCGAUGAGGAACACCAACCUACUGCAAACACUACCGAUGCCGAAUUUUGAGACUGUGUCCAAAUCACCAUCACCUGCGCCUAUGCCGACACAGAACCAGUACCCUCACGACUUACGAGCCAUGAUACCCAAAGACGCUUACUUCCACGACAUCUCCAACAGACAAAUGCCAUACAUGGACAGAGGGCUACCCGUGCCUCAGUUCCCUUGUCCUCAAUACGACUACAACCAGUCAGGACUACCGACACAGAUACAGCCGCGAAACAGGAACCCUUUAUACCACCAUCAGACUGGAGUCUUCGACGCCAUGAUGCAAGACCACAUCAUGAGGGAAAUGGAGCGCAUACCGCACUGCUACAGCGAGCAUUUAGAUCAGAACACAGAAGUGGAAAUUGCGAACCAGAAUGACUUUCGGAUGUGUUACGACCCGAUGUACCCGAAUUUUAGGGGGAACCCGCAUGGAAUGACCAGGACACCGAACCCAGACCAUAGUUUACUGCAUAGCAGAUUGCAGUCUUUGGCGAUUAACACGCAUUUGACGGAGACUCAGAGUCAGACGGAUAGAGAGUCUCACAAUGAUUCGGGUUAUAGUACGAAGGUGUAUGGGAGCUCGCAGGGCCCGUCGCCGAGUUUGUCAGGCCAUGCGGAAGGUUCCGACAACUUGUCUGGACAAAGAGUUAACGUUGUACCUAAUGGGAAGCUUGUAGGGGGACAGAUAGGAGCAUCCAGCCUAGUUUGAGAAGAAGGAUUGAUAUGACACGAGUAGGAACGUAACUUGCCUUAAACAAUAAUUUUACAGCAAUUGAUUUACUCAAAAAAUACUAUCGCAGCUUGUGGAAAUCAUUCCCAUGAUAAGAAUUUUGAACAAAUAGAUGUCUGAAAUAAUAAAAGAAACAGUAGAUUUUUUCUUUGAAGAAUAAAUUUCAUAAGGUGUGUUCAAUAAAAUAUGAAUUAAAAAAUUAUUGAUAGAAAACGUAACCCAGUUGUUUGUAUUUCACAAAGCACGUUAACCGUGUUAGUUAUCUAAGUCACUAUUUCACAAACUGACGAAUAAAAAUGUAACUCAAGAAUAAUUAUUUUUGCAAAAAGUACAAAUCUAAUGUAUAGGGUUUAACGAUGCCAUGUAUCACAUUAAUUGUAAUUAAAAUUAAGUAUUAGUAUCAAUAAGUCUUGUUUGUUUUUAAUUUGUAAAAUACUCAUGUCACUAUCGUUUUGUAAUAUUUUGAAAAGUAGAUUUCUGUGUUGUGUAAAGUUGUGUUAUUUUUGUAAAGGGUGGAACAACUGAACCUCAUUUUAAAUAUAAGUUAGAGGUAAAAUAAGAGCUUAUACUGAAUCCAUAUCAUAUUAUGUAGCAACUGUUUUAUACCAGAGUAAUAAUAUAAAAGGUAAAAGUUCAUUAGCUGG